AUGGCCAUCUUGGCCGAUUACGUGAUCCCUGCGGACAAGACUCCCGCCGACUUGGAGCGGGACUUGGAGGCGAUGGUGAGUGGCAUCACCUCUCUUUCCUUGCAGGCCCCUGCGGAGGAGCCCUCUGCUGGACUUGCGAGCCCUACAUCGGCUUCUCCCCCUACGGCAUCUUCUGCGGUGGCUGAGGACCCAUCGGCGGUGUCCAACAGUUGGAUCAGGGAGACGACGCGGGAGUCCCGGCAGGUGCCUCUGGCCCUGAUACUGGGAUUCCGUCAGCGAGUCCCUCUGAAACUGGUGCCUUGGAUGGGGGACCAUUCGAGAGACUCGGCAGGGGCUUUGUCGCUGCUGGGCAAGCAGCUGCCGCCGGCGCCUUCCUCGACUUUGCGGACGAGCCUGGACACUGAGGCUCCGAUGGAGCAGCGCUUGCAGGAUCCUGUGACCUACUCCUUUGCCCAGGACGGGAACAUCCUUCUGACCAAUGUCAUGGCUGGCCUUCCCUGCCUCCUGAAGAAACUGGCGCAGCCGCUGCGGAGCAUCCAGGUGGGUGAGAUCGUUGAGCUUUGCCUCAAGUUUGACGUGAACAAGCUCACCCCGCCGAACUGA